AUGAUUUAUCAAACCACUACUACUCAAGAACCAAUGAACUUAUCAAAUCAACUUACUAAUUCAUUAAAUCUUAACUUGACUUCUUCUUCUUCUCAUUCUCAUUCUAAUCAGCAGCAUCCAAAUGACUCUAAUCAUACUCUAUCAUCAAUCUCAAAACCAGAUCCACAUUUACUCUUACCAAACCAUCCAUCUCAUCAAAUCUCACCUUCUGCUUCGGAUCAUGAAUUAGCUUCACUCUAUGCUAAAUAUCAAUCUUCUUCUCAUACUACUACCAACACUCAUUCGAUCAGUAGUAGUCCUCUUUCUAGUAGUGCUCAUCUGAAUUCAAUCAAACCUAUGGAUUUGUAUCAGUUUGAUAAAACUUCAAAUCCAUCAUCAACUAAUCAUCAGGAUCAUAAUCAAUCAUCAUCUAUGGAUGAGACUGAAGAUCCAAAUCAAACACUUCGAUUCGAUUCAGAAUCAUUCGAAUCUUCAAUCUCACUUCAAAAUCAAUCUCAAGUCUUGGAUGAACUUAAUCUGAUGUUAGGAGAAGCUAUCAAUUCAGCUCAUUCAGAUUUCAAUCAUCUUCAACUCACCACUACUUCACCUCUCAUUCAUCAAUCUGCUGCUCAUAGCAACGAACCAGAGAUGCCAGUCUCAACUUCUUACUCUUCACUUCUUUCGAGUGUCAAACGGAAGAUUAAUGCUAACAAAUUGGAACGGCAACCGGAUAGAAGAAGAUCUCAUUCUCCUCAAAAGAUUUCACUUCAAGAAGCUUUAUCAUCUUUUGAUCAGUCAAAGGCGGAUUUGACGAUUGCUAGUAGUACUUCGAGUCUUUCAGCAUACAGUCAAGAGAAGCGAGGUAUGGAUGAUGAAGAGGAAGCAGAACAAGAAAAGGUUGAGAAAUCUGAUCGUCUCACACCUUUACCAAUCACUAAAGCUCUUUCGAAUGAUGAAUCUGAAUCAAGUUCAAUUCAACUCGAUCAAAUCACUUCAUCAUCAUGCUCUACCUCCGUUGGUCAUGAUUCGAAUCAACCCAAUCAACAGUCACCUAGUCCGAGACUCAAAAAAAGUUCACCAACCAAACUUCCAUCCAAGAUUCCUUCAUCUCCUCCAAGCCUUCAAGCACAAUCCCCUAGUACACCUAUACCUAUUAAUUCUUACCCACAACUCAUCAGUACCAUCUCACGUCCAGCGGACACAACACCUACUAAAUCAUCUCUUCCUGUCUCUCUUCCUAUCACACGGCAUCAUCCAGUUUCACCUAUGAAUCUUCACCAUAAGCAAUCCUCACCUAAUCUUGGACAAGCUCCUCGUAAAUCACUGGUCAUCAGUCGAUCUUCAUCUGAAUUAAGUCAAUUAAAUCAAUGGCAAUGGUUAGAAUCACAUCCAACAUCUGAACUUCGUGGUAUACCAGCUACACAUCCUACCACUUUAUCUACUAUUGAAACAGGACCGAUCCGACAAGAAUCGAUGAGUAGGAUCGAACGUAGGUUGAAAUCACUUGAUGAUCACUAUAGAUCCCAAUCACCGAAAGAAAGAUCAAGUGAGAUUCGAAUGAAAUUGAAUUUGUUAAACAAACGACAAGAAUGGACGAAUGAAUGUAUCAAAAGUCUUUCGAAGAAUCCGACUUCUAAAACCAAAUCGAUCAAUCAGCUGUGUAAAGCACCUCAUCUUAUGAAUAUCAAAGCGAUCCAUCAUAAAGAAAUCAAAAAGAUUAAAUCGACCGUUGAAAGGUGUAGGAUCUAUGCUCAGAGUAUUAAUGAGAUUAAUUCGGUGCCGAUCGGAUUGGAUUUAUGGAUUUGGUAUAAGACUAAUGGAGUUGAUCAACAAGAAUCAAUUAAGAUGUUGGAAUCCAAUUUUAAUUCGAAUCGAUAUCCAACUCAUCUUCAACAAAGCCAUGGACCGGUUCGUAGUAGUUUAGAAAAACUUGAUCCGGUUCGACAUUCUUCAACCAGAGUAUUAGAAGAAGAAGUCGGAGCAAGAUCGUCGAUCAACAAAUUAAAUUAUUUACCUACACCGAAUUCUCAACCGAUUUCACCGAUUCCUAAUCAUUUACAACAUUUCCAAUUACCAUCUCAUCAUCAAGUUUUACCACAUUCUAGAGACGUUUCAAGUGGAUCGAGUAGUGUGGUUUCGUUUCCUGUUAGAUCAGAUGCAGUUAAAGCAAUCGAGAUUACCGAAAAGAAAGGAACCCCUCAGUUAAUGGAAGUGAUCAGUAAUAAUACUAGUAGUAGUAAGAGUAGUGGAGGGAUUAAUCCUUUGAUCCAAGUUGAUAAUUUACCGUUUCCUGGUCUUUAUCAACAUGGAAUCCUUCCAAAUCCAGUUGGACUCGAACAGAAUGGAGGUUCAUUCAAAUCUAAUCAUCCUACAACUAUUUUACAAACAUCUCAAAACAAGCUAUCUAAUUCGAUCAAACCUUUUUCUCAACCUUCUUCGCAGCAAAGAAUCGGAUUUUUAAGUCAGUUGACUAGACGUAAUAGUCAUAAGAAAUCUAAUGGAUCUACAUCACUUGGAACUUCUUUGGUUCAGAACAGUUCAUCAUCAGGGGGUUCAGGGGGGAGUAGGAUCGGAAAGAUUUCUUCACCAAUCUCGAUCACUCAUACAUCUACUGGAUCAGCUAUGGUAGGAAGAACUAGGAUGGGGUUUGGAGGAGUAGGAGUAGGAAGUGUUAAGGGUCCUAGACCUUUGAGAAAACUUUCGAGUGUCGGAUCUACGGUUUCGGAUCUUGGAAUUCGUGAUGAUCAAAAAGGGGAGAAGAACGGGAUGGACAGGAAAUCGAUUGAGGUUGGAAGUUUGGGUGAGAAGUCGAGAAGGGAUGGGCAUGAGGAGAGGGAUUUAGUAGAGAUGGAAAUCAAAUUGAAAAGGAUUAUGAACGUUUUGCCUUUGGCUUGUAAAGAUGAAUUGAGGGAAAUCCUUGGGAAAGAGAAUGGGGAUGAGAUUGGUACGAUUGGAACUUAUUUGAAAGUUGAAGAGGAAAGGAGGGGGAGGGGUAGGGGUAGGGUUGGAGGUGGGGGUGGAAGGAGGAGGGGAUGAGUGGAGGAGGAGAUGAGGGGAUGAGGGGAUGAUGGUUUAUUUUGAGGAUAUGGAUUAUUGAGGAUAUGGAUUGAGGAUUUGGAUUUGAAUUAUGGAUGAUGAUGAUAAUAAUGACUUUUUAAUAUUUGAUAAUUUUCAACAAGAUCUUUUUUCCUGCUUUGAUUCUUUUUCUUUUCUUUCCUUUUUUGAAUGAUUUUUUGAAUGAUUUUCUUUUCUUUUUUUAUUGAAUGAUUUUUCUUUUCUAUGAAUGUUUUUUUGAAUGUUUUUUUUUGUUUGAAUGUUUUUCUUUAUUAAAUGUUUUUUUUUGUUUGAAUGUCUUUUCUUUUUAUUUUCUUGAAUGUUUGUUUAAUUAUUUUCAUUAUUCUAAUCAAAAGACUUA